GUUAUGACGCAAUCACGACGCGUCUCGCUUGAACACGUAUGCUUCUCUUAAUUCUGCUAAACUUUUCGUAAUAUUAGCAGCAUUGUAUAUGCUUAUCGCCGGUAGUUUUCAAAUCGAUUGAGAGGGAAUGUGUUGGUCAUGGCGAUGAGAGCAACGGCUAGACCAGAGGUUCUUUUUGUCGGAGGUGUCUCAUGGUGUCUGUUGUUUUGAUACAGAAACCGGAAGCCGAAAAUAAAUCACAUCACAACUGCAUCAUCGCGUGGGAUCUCUUUAAUUAACAACACACACAACGCAGAAGAAGAAAACCCACACGAGCCGACAUUAGGAGCUACUUUACAAGUCAAAAGUGUCAGGUGACAGAAGCAGACCUGCCAGGUAAUAUCUCUGACAGAGCAGGAGGAGAGGCAGGUGGAGAGGCAGGUUCACAGCCAUGAAGGUGCUGAAUAAGGAGGAGCUGAAGAAAGCAGAGGAAGCGCUCAGGCAUUACUUUCCCCAGUCACAGCAGGUGUAUGGAUGUGUUUUUAUGAUUAAUCGAGUAGAAGCUCAUCCCAUAGAUGUGCUGGUGGACCAGUGGCCAGAUUUUAAUGUGCUACUCAUCAGACCACAACGGCAGGAGAAAGCAGACCUUUUUAAAGUCAUAAGCAUUUUUACUAAGGAUGAAACAACUCUCAGGAACAUACUGGUCGGGACGGACGUUAUUGACUGGAAGCAGUACCUCUGUCUAAGUGUUGAUCUGUGCCACGAGGAGAUGCUAAAGUUUGUAGCAGCGAGCAGAAGCGUGCCAAUGAGAAAAGAUCAUGUCUGCUACAUGCUGAAACUGCAAAAUCCAUCCAACCUUACAACUGAAAGGUUUCCCGUACAAGUGUCCUCACUUAACGAGUCUCACCUUGCUCUGGUCAAUAGCACAUGGAAGUUUGGCAUGGGUGAAUUCAGUGAACGGUUCGUCAGGGAAAGGAUCAUGAAUUUCCCUUCGUGUUGUGUGCUGGACUCGGAGGGUCAGCCGGUGUCAUGGAUAUUGACCUAUGCUUCCUGUGCGAUGGGAAUGCUGUACACAAUGCCGGAGCACAGACGGAAAGGCUACGCCAAAGCCCUGGUCACCAUAUUGGCAAAGAAACUGCAUUCAGAGGGCUACCCAGUGUACUGCUUCAUUGAGGAGGAGAACCAGUUGUCCUACAGGCUUUACCAGUUUAGGAUUCACUGCGGAUCCGUCUUACAGGGCUGCUUGGAUUAAGUUUAAUCAAUCAUGUUAGUUUAUUUAGAUUUUAUUCAGUUUUAUACAAAUGCUUCCCUCACCAUUCCAUUAGCUUUACCUGGUAUCACAACGUUCAGUUAUUUUGAAUUCGCAAGGGACCAUGCUAAUCUGAGUAGUUGUUAAAAAUAUUCGUAAAACAUAUAUAACAAAUAAAAUGAUAUGCAAAACAA